UAGCGCCAUGGGUCCUAUACCUAAAACUCCAAAAACUCCAGUAAUGUUGAGAACUAAGUCUCUGAGAACUCCUAAGUCGAAUUUGAAGACACCGAGGUCUUUGAAGGCGCCGAGGACAUUGAAGACGCCAAGGAGGUUGAAUGCGCCGGUGGGGAGGUCCUCCAAAACUCCUCGAGCCAACGCCAAGCCCUUGACGAUUGGCGACAUGGUCUUUGAGGCUGUGGAGGCUCUGAACGAUCGGAGAGGCGUCUCUCUGCACGCAAUUAAGAAAUAUCUCCGGGACACCAAGAAAGUCGACACCGAAGCGAAGGCAAUUUUUAUCAAGAAGUAUCUCAAAGUCUUUGCGGUGGAAGGAAAACUUGUUCAGGUUGCAGGCACGGGCGCCAACGGAACUUUCAAACUACCUGGAAAGAAAACCAAUUCGGAAAAACUGUUUGGAGGCCCCAAGACCGUCGUGAAAGUUGCGAGCAGACCGAAAAUCGGCUACAUAGCAGGGAAGACUUCUGUGAAACAUAUCCCGAAGAUAUCCGAUAAACCCUCGAUUGUACCAAAGAAUACAUUAAGAGGAAAGAUUAAUAUGAAACGGUAGACUUGUACUGCUAUGGAAGCGUUUAUAUAAUAUUUAUUAUAUGGCUAGUGAAUGACUACUGUUAUGAACGCGUUUAUGAAAUAUGUGAUGUGUGGCUAGCGAAUAAAUGAGAUCCAGAAAUAUCACUUUAUCAUCCGUAAAUUAUAUGAAGG